CAUUAGUAAUGGGUUGUUCUACUUGUUUCAAUUGCAAAAUUGAGAAUGCUUUUCUUUCUUUUUAAUUUUGACUGUACUAGUGCACCAUGUUUCUAAUUUUAUUAGUCUAUCAUACCCCUCCAGUUUAUAUUAGUUUACCCAUUUCUUUGAGGAACAUUUGUCGAGGUAUUAAUUUAAAUUUUAAUAUGUCUAAUUGUUAAUAAGCAAACAUUACAAAAAGUUAAUAUUUGGAUAAUAUACAUGUAUAUCAGAAUAGUGUCAAAGUCAAAAUGAGUAAAGUAAUAAAACCGAGGGAGUAUGAUAGAAAGUCUCGUAUAAGCGCCUUAUCGCAGCUUAUGGUAAGACAGGGUUAACUGUUAUGCCACUUCCAAUAAUUUUGCUAUGACGAACAUGAACCUCGUCAUCACCACCUGGCUGGAGGAGGGGAUAUCAUUUGUAGGAGCUCUUGAUGAUUGUUGGAAGACACACUAUUAUAAAACAGAGGACUGUGAACUGUGUGUUAUCGUUGCUGACUCCAAGUGAUUUUCAAUGUUUUUGUAAUUUGUUGACAGUAAUUAGCAUGGUCGUAUGAUCAGAAAUGUAAUGGAUUAAUGUAUAUUAGAUGACUUACUAUUGUAUUUCUAGUACAGCUACGUAGCAUAAGUUUUUAAGUCACAUUUAUGAAUCUUCUGUCAUGAGUAAACCCCUCUUCUCCCCAGCUUAUGGAGUACUUGUGCUGAAGUCUUGCUCUUGCAUGAGGGAUCUUAUAAGUUUCACAGUGGUUCUUCAAUGGAUGGGAAUGCGACUGCUGAAGAGAAGAAAGAAUCACAACUUCAAAGUGAGGUUAACCAAAGUCCAUGUGUCUGGUCUUCCCCAUCAGGUGCAGAUGAUGUCCGUUUAGGGAAACAAAUAUUUUGCAACAGAUCCUUGAACAUGAAAAAUAUUGUUGCUGUUGGUUUUGAUAUGGACUAUACAUUAGCACAAUACAAGCCAGAGACAUUUGAAUCACUUGCAUAUGAAGGAACAAUUAAGAAGCUUGUAUUUGAUUUGGGUUAUCCUCCUGAGUUGUUGCAGUGGACUUUUGAUUCAAAGUACAUGGUUAGAGGUCUGGUUGUUGAUAAAAAGAGAGGCAAUAUUCUCAAGAUGGAUCGGCAUAAAUACGUGAAAGUAGCAUAUCAUGGCUUUAGAGAGAUGUCAAAAGAAGAUAAAGUUGGAACUUAUGGGAAUACUUUGACGAGAGAUUCUUUUGAUGAGCCUGACUAUGCCCUCAUCGAUACACUCUUUUCCUUGGCAGAGGCCUACUUAUUUGCACAGCUUGUCGACUUCAAGGAUAAAAAUCCUGGAAGAGUUCCUGCAGGAGCGGAUUAUGCCCGUAUGUACAAGGACGUCAGAGCUGCUGUUGAUUUGUGUCAUCGUGAUGGGACCUUGAAGCAGAUGGUUGCCAAAGAUCCUCAAAGGUAUAUCAAUGAUGAUACCUCAAUAGUGCCGAUGCUAGAUAUGCUUAGAGAUGCAGGGCGUUCAACAUUCUUGGUCACGAACAGUUUAUGGGACUAUACAAAUGUUGUGAUGAAUUUUCUUUGUCGGAAAAGAUAUGGAAACGCUAGUACAGCUCUCAGUUUCGAUUGGUUAAAGUAUUUCGAUGUCGUCAUAACUGGCAGUGCGAAACCUGGAUUUUUCCAUGAAGACAAUCGCAGUAACCUUUUUGAGGUUGUGCCUGAUUCUGGAAUGCUUCUGAAUACUGACAAUGGCACACCUAUGGCUCAAGUUGGAAGCACUGUGCUACAUUCACCAUCGAAAGGACUGAAUUAUGCAUGCCGAGUUUUCCAGGGUGGUAGUGUUGGCCAUCUUCAUAAACUGCUCAAUAUUGAGUCAAGCUCCCAGGUUCUUUAUGUUGGAGAUCACAUCUAUGGUGACAUAUUACGCAGUAAAAAGGUUCUCGGGUGGAGAACUAUGCUUGUUGUUCCUGAAUUGGAGAGGGAAGUUGAACUUCUUUGGCAACUGAGGGAAGCUCGCAAGCAACUUCAGGGAUUGAGGUGCGACCGUGAUCACAUUGAAGACAAACUCCAUCAUGCAAAGUGGUCUAUGAGGUUUGAAGAUCUUACAGUUGACGAGAAGCAAAAGUUAUCAUCUGCAAUUGACAGUUUGGAGUCACAAAGGGAGAAGGUCCGACUUGGUCAUCAGCAGAUCCUGUGUAAAUGCCACCAAAAGUUUCAUGAGGUCUGGGGACAACUUAUGAAGACUGGUUAUCAGAACUCUCGCUUUGCACAUCAGGUUGAGAGAUUUGCCUGUCUUUACACCAGUCAAGUGACGAACUUAAGCUUAUACUCUCCUGAUAAAUACUACAGACCAAGUGAAGAUUUCAUGCCACAUGAAUUGGACAUCCUUGCUUUGUCCGGCAAAUGUUCCUUGGAAGUAAAAUAGCAAAGGUGUCUCAAUCUCAAUAUUUUUAUACUCAGAUCGGCCUGUUGUGCAUGAAAGUGAGAUGUAAUUUAUCCUCUCUUCUCCGUUGUAAUUCUUCUGAUUCUGAAAUUCCUCAGAUGUACAGAGUCCUUGAAAGCUUUGAUCAUACUUGUAUUAUAUUGCUCAUAGAUGCGCUAAACAUGUCUAUGAACAUGUAACUAUGUAAGCUUGUCAAAAAAACAAAAGAAAAAACUACAGCACAUAUGAGCCCUCAUCUUUGGAAAAUUCUAACAUGGUAUUUUUUUUCUAAACAA